AUGUCUCGAAUGCUUUCAACUCGCCGCUCCCGCAAGCCGAGGAAUUCCCCUGGAGUCCGUGCCUUGUCUUUCGACGAGGAGACAGUGGACGAUCCCCAACCGUCCACUUCCAGAGGAUAUCCUCGCUUGCGGAAUGCCCCAGACCCGCUCCUCUAUUUGUACUCAUCCGCCGACGAAGUCGAUGAUAAGGGCUCAGAUGAGGACUACACACCUCCAAGGACAAGUAAUCUCUCAGAAGUUGAAAUCUCCGGCCAGUUCAACGGUGACGACUCGGAUUGGGAGGAAUCCGAGUCCGACUCCGGAGAAUCUGCCGUGGAGAACAACUCGGAUGUAGAUUACGACUAUGUCCCGCUGGUGGAUACCUCCUUGGACUCGGACGAGCCUCUCGCGGAAUACGCCAGGCGAAAGUGGGAGCGCAACGCUCCCGGAACCCCUUCUUUUGCUUGGGCAAAGGAGGAGAACUUCGUCAGGCGUAACUGCUUCGAGGGGACACCGGGUGUGCACGCACACCUUGACGAAUCGUCCGACCCGAUGGAGAUAUUCAGCAGCCUCUUCCCAGAGGAGUUGUUUCAAACAAUUGUGGAGGAGACGAAUCGGUACGCUCGACAGAACCCGCGAAGCCCUUCAUCCCACAUGAAGGGGUGGGAGGACACAACGAUGCGGGAGGUCCGCUCAUUUGUCGGCCUUAGGUUCCUCAUGGGACUUCAUGGGAAGAGGUGCCAGAGGGACCUUUGGUCGACGGACCCGUUGAUGUGCUCGUCGGUGUUCGCCAAGACCAUGUCCAGGGACCGCUUCGACAUCCUUACCUCCGCCCUCCACUUCGCUAACAACGAAGGGGAGCACAGCGCGGAGGACCGGUUGUGGAAGCUGCGUCCUGUGAUUGACGUCUUGGACUCGACGUACCGUUCCGUCUUCGUCCCCAGAAAGAACGUGACCGUACACGAGAGCUUGUGGGCCUUCAAGGGGAGGCAUCAGGCCCUUCAGUACAACCCUAGUAAGAGGGGCCUGAAGGUCUACAAGCUGUGUUCGUCCGACGGUCCAGAGGCAGGGAUCGCGGCGAAUUUCCGGCGAGUAUGA